AUGGAGGCUUUUAGAUCCGUUUUAAAUGACUGUGAGCUGAAGGAUCUAGGAUUUGCUGGCUCUUGUUAUACCUGGUGCAAUAGAAGAGAGGCUGAUGACAGAAUUUGUGAGAGGUUUGACAGGUGUUUAGCAAAUGCUAAGUGGGUUGAUUUGUUUUCUGCUGCUAAUGUUCAACAUGGGUCUGGUUCUUACUCAGAUCAUGUGCUUGUUUGGUUGGACACAAAUGGUGCUUUUCAAAAUAAAAGAGGAAAAAUGAUGUUCAGGUUUAAGGCUAUGUGGUUGGGUAAUACAAAUUGUGAGCAUAUUAUAGAGAACACUUGGCAAGGGGAGUCUAGCAGCAAUUACAUGAUUGAUGCAAUGCAUAGGAUCAGAAAUUGUAGUGGUAGGUUAGCUUCUUGGAAUAAAAAGACUUUUGGUGUGGUCCAUAAGAAGUUAAUACAAGCACAGUCUAAGCUGCAGAGGCUCUAG